GGCCCAAAUGUUUUCUGGGCUGCGCCUCAUCUGGACUAGCUGCAAUUUUCUUUUCAGCGCUGCACCAAAUCCGGCAAUCCGCAUCGUUCUUCAUCUAGUCAGAGGACCAGCGGCGGCGAGCACGGAAAAUCCAUCGCCUCUUCGUUCCAAUUUUCUUGCGGAGUUUCAGGUAAAGUUAUCAAGCCAAUGGAUGAUGCUGGUGGAUUGAGCUACAAACCUCCCCCUGAUUUUGAAGAGGAUAAAAGAGACACACUCAUUGAACUUAAGUUAACAGAUUCAACUGAACUCUGGCUCUUGCAAUGGCCCCUAAAUCAUGCUCCAGAUUUUGAUGGUCUAGAAGUCUCUCUUGAGCUUCAUCAUGAUGGAAUUUUAGGCAGCUUUGAGAGUUCUUCUGGAAAGCCUUAUGAUGUUUACAGUAGAAAAGCACAGGAUCCAGAGCUAACAGUAUUUUCAUCAUCAUCAUCAUCUUCUUCAGACGCUAACAUUGUUGGGACGUUUUCGCGCCAUGUUUCCUUCAUACACUAUCCAGAUCCAAGUGAAUAUGAGAAAGCCAACCAAAUUAGGUUGAAGGAGAUCUCACAGAGGUCUUCAAGCUACACAUCAACAAAGACAGGUUCGACUUUCCAUCGUUCGAGUGCUACUAAAAGUAGCAGGCAAAGAACUUCUUCACCAUCCCCAAGUGUCUUCACCGCAUCCCCUGCUCCCAGUAGUCGACACAAAAAGUCCUCUCCAAAGGAAAAAAGUGGCGGUGAGAGUGCGAAGAACAAGACUGUGGGCCCAUCUUUGCUGCUGCCGCCGGAGGAUUCUAGAAGAGCCACUAGCACAGUAACCACUUCUGGGUCAGCAGGCCAACAUUCUCAGGAAAGGACAUCCAAGAAGCCUAGGAAGAGUUGAGGCUUCAAACUGUAAUGGCAUUUAGAUCUUUUUUUCCCCUCUGUAAUGGCAACUACUUAUUCAAAGAGCACAAACUCAAUGAUGAGCCAUCCUCUUAUCCAAAAUUUUCUAAUCCAUUCUCAAAUUUGUUUCACUAAAUUUCUAAUUCAUUUUUUUUGUGCAGAUAUGGUUGCUACUCUUUUGAUA